CAUGCAUUAGCUAGAUCUAUAGUCUAUACUGUGUUUGUAAAAAAGUAUUUUAUUAAUUGUUGCUAUAUAUUCAGUGCAGUUGAUGAUGUCAUAAAUUCAUUUAGUCAUCAGGAAAGUAGUUUGAUAGUAAUGAUGAGGGAAGCAGUGCUAGUCUUUGUUUUAUGUGUUCUGUCACUAUCAGUUGCUCAGGAUUGUCCUCUACCAACAAUAGCUGAGAUAGAGACUGCAUUGGCUCCUUUACUAUUCAUUUCUGAUGGUAACCAGAUGUACUCUCCUACUGUAACUGAAGGAUCAGUUCAAUAUGUCUGUCUAGCUCAAGGGAGCAUGAUUGAUACUUAUGAAGCCCUAGCUCUUAUAGCUACAUUCACUCCUAACCCAGGACAACCUGAACAAACUAGGAUAUUUGAUAUUGAGUGUAGCAGUGGUACAUGGAGUGGAAGGACUGGUAGUUUAAAUCUUGUUCCUAACGGUGUUGUUUUUGGUGCUCCUACAAACACUUUUUGUUAUCGGUGUAGGGAAGGUUUUGGUGGUGAUACUAGAUGUAGAGCUUGUGACGGUGCUUGUAAUUCUGGACUGAUGAGGUGUACUGGAUCAGGCUCUGGUGAUUGUUGUUUAUCAUUUUCUUCUGAUGGUCAGUGUAUUACUACCACUAACUGUACAUCAUCAUCAGGUCCUAAUUAUGUUGCUACUGAGAGUAAUAACUUCACUUGCACUUGUAAUUUAACGUGUUCUGAUGGUUAUACUGUUAAUUCUAAUUGUACUGACUGUGAUUCCACUAGUAUCUGUGAUAAGGACAGUCCAUGUAUGAAUGGAGGAGAGUGUAUACAGUAUUCACCUCCUGAUAAUUAUACUUGUGAUUGUACUGGCACUGGAUACCAGGGAGUCAACUGUACUUUUGUGAUACCCCCCACUCCUUUCCCUACUCCCUCCUCCACUGUUCCAUCAUCUACUCCCUCACCAAUAUGUGCCAUUGCACUCUGUGACAAUUGUCAAAACUCAUCUUGUUGCAAAACCAGUUCAUCUGGUUCCUAUUUGACUGAUGGAUGUACCUGUGGUCCUUGUAGAAUGCCAAAUUGUUUAAAAUGCCAGUUGCUGAAUUCAAGUUGUUGUGCUGAGUGUGGAUCAGGAUAUGAACUAGUUAAUGGCUGUCAAUGUGGAGCAAUAACAUAUCCAUGCUCACAGCCUGCAGGUUGUGAGAGAUGUGAUGCUACUGGAUGCUGUCAAACCUGUUCAUCAGGUUAUAGUAUGAGUGCCAAUAAUUGUUUAUGUCGUUGUUCAUUGUCCUGUGACAGAGGAUACACUCCAUCAGCUAACUGCACUAGUUGUGUUUUGACUAACAUCUGUGAAGCAUCGAAUCCUUGUGGUACUGCUGACUGCUCACUAGGAUCACAACCAGACCAAUACACUUGCUACUGUGCUGCUAAUAGAUCUAAUACUCGAAGUCAAAGUCUAUCAGCUUCUAUUAUUGCAGUUAUUACAGUGCUAUCAUUGAUAGUUGCUGUGUGUAUUGCACUGAUUGUUGUAUUGGUGGUUCUUGUUGUGACCAACAAUAAGAAGCAAAAGCUACAAUUGCAACAGCCUUCUCAUGACUAUGAUGUAAUUCUUCCAACUACUUCAGAUCCAGCAACACAGACUAACCAGGCUUAUCAAGUUGGCAGACAACUGCUUUAAAUACAGAAUUAA